GUAGCGUACAGCCAUUGCUCCGUUCAUUUCUUCCUUACGGUGGAGCCAUUAUACUUAGAUGUGCAGCACUAACUAGCAACUAACCAGCAAUGGAAGCGCCUCGGGGAAAGGGGUACACUGCUGUACUCUUGAGAGAAUUGUUAGUGCAUUAAUAAUUCUAACUGGAGAGCAACAUGUGACAAUCAGGCAGUAAGGACUUCAUCCUGUUACGGUGACAUCGAGAAGAGGGUGUCCAUAGUAACCGACACCUGCGACGGGGGCAAACAAACGUCUUUCCUUGUGUUUAAAAACGGAAGCUCACGAGAGGAUUAGACAUUUGUGCCGCUUGAAGGGACAUUCAACUGGGAACAUAUUCGAGUGUAUUUGGCGGGUGACAACAAUGUACCAACGUAUGUAUAGCCUGCAUGGCCUGCAGUAGGAGUAGCAGAUUUAGCCACGUUAUAGCGUUGUAGGUGGGUGAUGUCACCGCGUGAAGCAGCUGAGAAGAUUGUGCAAAUUAACUUUGGAUACCUCGCAUAUCCGUUGGGAAAGAACGUAGGCCUGUUAAUGACUAUUGCACUAAUAAAUGUAAUGUUCAGGUAAGGUAGCUAUUGAUUGAGCUAUUGGUUGAUAUAACUUGCUUUACCAUGCCAUAUAGCUAGCACAUACGCCAGCUAUUGAACAACUUUGGACAAGAACCUUAAUGUAGCCGGCAUUUGGAUUAGUUAUAGCUAUACAAUCGUUACAUUUGGACUUUUACGCCUAAAAUGCAGGCUACCUCAGCUGGGUUAAAACCUUGAAUGUACACGACUUGACCAAAAUGCUGCCAGGUUCUAUUCAGAUAACUGGAGAGACACUCUCGGGGGCCGAAGUAAAGGACAUAUGCGACAGCUUGAAAGAGAAUAGUGUUAGGCUUCUGUCUGUCAGAGGAUGCCAGCUUUCAGACCGCGACUUCGGCCGGGUAUGUCGUGGUGUCGCUGAGUCACACUCCUUGGCUCAACUCAACCUGAAUCUCGGUGUGGUUUCGAGCAUAAACCGGACAAAACAUCUUGCCGAUGCUCUUAAGGCCAACAGAUCAAUUCAGACUUUAUUUCUCCAUGGCAGCCCCUUGCUAGAUGCAGGACUAGUCACUCUGAACACAGCCCUGUCAACUCAUCCGUCCCUGGUGUCACUGGACCUUGGUGACUGUCUACUGGGGGAUGAGGCACUAAGGCUCAUCUGUGGUAUGCUGCCCCCAGAUGGGGCCAAAUCAGGUCUACGGGAGCUGACUCUGAGUGCUAACCCAGGCAUCACGACCAAGGGCUGGGCCCGACUGGCCAUUGCUGUGGCCCACAGUUCCCAACUACGAGUCCUCAAUCUGGACUAUAAUCCCUUAGGGGACCAGAUAGCAGGCAUGCUGGCAGUGGCUGUGGCUUCCAGUAGAACUCUAGAGGUGUUGGACCUGGAGGGAACCGGACUCACUAACCAGUCGGCACAGGUCUUCCUGGACAUGGUGGAGAACUACCCCACGUGCCUGCGCGUGCUGGUCCUGGCCGAGAACGCCAUCAGCCCUGAGCUGCAGCAGCAGAUCUCCGAUUUGCUCUCCGAGGACUCCCAGAUGAUCCUGCUGACUUCAGGUCUAGGUGAGAGCCUACUGGCUGAGACUGAGAUGUGAAUCCACACACUUCCUACUUCAGUUUGAUUUGUAUUCCUUUGACCCUUUUUCCCUCUGCACUUGAUUCAGUUGAAAAAUCACAAUAUUAGAUAUCUUGCAACCAAUCACAUUUGCAUGACCUGUAGCACUUGUACAUAAAAUAGCUUUUUUUGGAGCGGGCACAGUACCUUAAUACACACCAAGUGACUUAUAGGUAAUAGUGAAUUAUUUAUUUUAAACAUGUACUGUCUAUUUAUAGUUCACGUUUAAAGAUUAUGUAACCAAUGAAUGUUUGUAUGCUCUGAUA